AUGGCGAUAUUCACCAUCAUUCUGCUUGUCAGCACAGCUUUUGCUCUGGGAGAUGCUACGAUACGACCCAAGACCCCCUGUGAGCGUGCUAGAGAUGCCGCGCUAAAUGGCCCAAUUGGAGCCUUCAUCCCCACGUGUGACGCCGCUGGACAAUACACCCCUGAGCAAUGUUCAGGCUCUACAGGUUACUGUUGGUGUGUCACCAGAACAGGACAGAAGAUCCCGGGUACUGAGACUCCACCAGGCACUGCUACCAACUGCUACCAUCUAGCCAUUUGUCCACCAAUAUGUGGACCGAGAUGA